CCUGUAACAGAGAAAGCUUGACUUUCCAAGAGCCGAUCGAAAGAGAAAGAAAAUGGAGAGGGAGAGACACGAGAGAGAGGCGAAUUACGCGGCACGGAUCAAAACAAAAUGGCUCCUAUGUCUUCGAUGGAUCGAACAGUCGUUGUAACGAGGAAAAUAUAGUUGAGAAUCUCUCGUCGUCUCUCGAUCGGAACGAUGAGAGUAGCUGCGUUCCCGGUAUGCCUCCGGAGACACGUUACCGUGAGCAAGUUUGCCGGUGAUAUUGGUGGGAAGAGAAAGAAAGAUAGAGAUAGAGUAGUGGGGAAUACGGCUGUUAUCUAAAUUACUCUAUUUUCUCGAGGGACGCUUGUGAUGGAUUUUUUUUCGAUCGUCUGGAACGUCGGUAUCGAAUCAAGUUCUCUUCCUCUCCGUUGAUGUUGGUGUGCCUGCCAUCUCGGUCGAUCUCGAGGAAAUAAGUGUCCGAUCCAGGGCACCGAGCUGCACCAAAUACGAGUCAUAUUUAAUUUCAAGAUAUCCAUCUUUCCAUUAGGACAACGAUAGACCUGGGUGGACUGAAACGUGCACAGGACACGAGGACACAGGGGACACCGCGGUCGAACUGUGUAGAAGGAAACAGAAAAGGGAUCGUUAAGAAGGAUGCCUGCCAAGGUGAACAGUCAACGUUUUGACUUUCAAUUUUAAACGAAAGCACAAUCCGGCGUUACGUGGGAUCUUGGUUGUUCUGGUGUGUACACAGAGAAGGAGAGACUGCAAAGCUUUUGACGUGUCGGACGGUGAAUUAUCCGACACACGGGUAAAUAACCGAGAAUCGUCUGCUAACUCAAUUUACUGGUCCCCUGUCAAAUCCAAUUAACGGCCAGCUACCGGGCUUCCCGGGAUAAUCGGCCGCUCCCCGCAAUUUCAUUCCACGCGUUUCCCCGUCAAACGUUUUCAUUUCGAUUCGUGCGCAACUUUCGGCAAUGUUAUCGUAGAUCUGAAUGUUGCCAUAAAAAGAAAUUGAAUAGCUAUAACGAUAAUAUAAUGGUAUUCGUAUUUGAAAGAGGUCGUUAAAAUAAGUUUGCGGGGCGUAGAAACAUUCAUUCGGUUCGGGGAAAUGUAGAUAAGGCGGUCGCGAUAAACGUUACAGUUACGACAGAAGGUUUCUGUCGCCCUCCGCUAAAUGUCACGUUUCUACCUACAGGUAGAACGAUAAACACACGGGAAUAGUACUCAUUGUCGAGCGUUAUGUCUCUUAUCGCUGGUCGUGCCGCGAAAAAUGAACUAUUCUCAACUAUUUCUCCCUAGUUGGUGCUUCGUUCCUCCUCCUCCUUCUUUCUCAGUCGACUUUCUACCAAAUAAUUCUACACGUGCCUUCUGCAACCCCUUACGGAUUUUCUCGGUAUACAUAGAUUAGUUACACGAUGUGAUUUAUAAUUAGUCGCAAACUAAUCUAUCUAGUUUGAAAAAGAAAAGCGCCCGUCUCAGAGGUCAUCGUUCGUAGACGCGCGUGUCGAUCGAUUCUUUUUUAUCCAAUCGUCAACAAAAACUGUUUAUUCCUAAUCACGAUCCUGUUUCCAGUUUGUUUGAUAGGUCGCCGGUCGCUCGUGCGCCGCUGAAAAAUCGAUUUUAAUUAAAAUGCAAUUUAUUAGAGUAGCCCGCGAAAAGAGCGAAACCGCGCGCGCGGUCGCCGAGCGCGCUAUGCAAUUAUUUAAAUUAGCGACCAGAGUUAUUUUUCGAAUCAAUAUUUUCCACUGUACACUGCAACUCGUUGAUUUCUAUACGAUUCUAUACGAUUGCUCUUCAUCGUGGAACGAUACAGAUUUACGCCUUUGUGCAACGCGGUCAUUUAAUUGUUUUGUCAAUAUAUCAUGGUAUUGCAUAUUGCAAACAAUAAGUUCAUAAUGCAUGCACGUGUGAUUGGAAUUAAUUAAGUUACGUGAUAAUGAUAAUUGGAAUUAAUUUAUCUCCUUUCUGUGUCACGAUUUUGGACACACAUAUAGUGUGAUAUAUGUGUGAUUUCUUUGUAGAAUAAUUAGUUUAACAAACUAAAAAUUAUGUAUAAGCUUUUUAAAUGUUCUAUCAACGCGCGCUUUAGAAACAGCACUGCCAUUGCCAUCUAGUGAAUGUGAAACACUUUGCACUGCAACUGCAACAGUCUAGCGCAUGUUGACGGUAAUUCAGUCUUGUGCUGCUUUUGACUGAUUUAAAAAAAAGAAAAAAAAAGUAGAAUCAAAGGAAGUCAAAAUUAUGUCUUUUCAGUUGUCAGUGCGAGGUGUGAUAAAAGAGGGAUUGAUAAAACAUACGAUUAUCAUACCGGCUGUGCUCUCUGGUGAGCGCGAGGUGUACCUACUGUGUUCUGUACAUAAAUAUAUGCAGACACUGCUAAAUGCACGUGGUUUAUUGUAGUCAAAUUUGAAUAGGUUAAGUAACAUGUAUUCGCAGGAAGAUAUAAAGAGAGAUUUAAAUAAAUCGCUAGAACUAAAACGUUGUGGGGAGUUAGAUACCGAAGAGGAGCUUUCAAGAUCAAAUAAUGAAUUUUGGCGAAAUUCUGUUACCUAUAAUAUUUUGGAAUCCUAUUUACACAAUGACGAUGAUCAAAUUAAACUGAAUACUCUUGCUCUGAUAGUGGAAUCAAAAAAGAGUACCCUAAAGUUCACCUCUAAAGAGCUUGACAUAAUUAUUUUAUUCUUACGAAUUAAUUUCAAAGAAAAAUUAGAAUUUGUCCCUUUAAUUAAAAAGGCACUGAAACGUAUGAAGGAGAGCUUUGCUGUUAUGCAGAGACAAUGUGCUCAAGAAGAGAAAAUGAGAUAUCAUUACCAAAAAAAUUGCAGCUCAAUAGAAAUGAAUCAAGAAGUAUUAGAUAAAUCAUAUAAAAUAUCUUUUGGUCUCAAAAAAGAUAUAGACACAUACUGUGAUGCAUUCAGGUCUUUACGUAACAUGUGUAUAUGUACCCCUGAUGCUACAUAUUCUAGAAGAAAAUCUAGCUUACAAAUAUUACUUUUAAUGAAAGAUUUCUUAGAUAAUGAAUUCAAACAUAUUGCUUGGGAGGUUGAACAAAUGGAAGCAUUGUUUCAGCUGAUGUUAAUGGAUACGUAUGAAAGCAACAAAGAAAUGGCUUUCAAAUUGAUAAAGUCUGUAAAUCCAAGUUUGUUACAAUUAGAUAAUGAACAAGUUGUUUAUGAUAUUAUUACAGUUGCUGUUGACUUAGGUAACAGUAUCAGACCUAUUGACAGUAUUACAGCUGCAUAUAUGUUAAAGCUCAGUGCAUUGUCACCAAUUGUACAAUCUAUCCUUGAAACGCGAUUUGGUUCAACAAAAUCAGAUGAAAAUACAAUAGAAACCAUAAUAUUGCAGCUAAUAUUAAUUUUGUUUAAAAAAUUGAAGCAAUCACUGAUUCUUGCAAAAGAGAAUAUAGUAAUGACAGUCACGAGACAUUCUCUGUAUGGAUAUCUUUUCUGUAUCAGAAGCUUGUUAGAAGAAUGUGAUUUUGAACAAAUCGGGAAAACACAGUUAUGGCAAGACGCUACAGCGGUACUUGUGUCUGUAUGUUUGGAAUUAAGUUGCGCCGUUUCCGUAAUAGUAAAUAAUUCCUCACCCGAAGGACACUUACCAAUGGAUUUAAGUUUACAAACUAUCAAUAAUAUACAUAAUUCAUCAUUUGAGAAACAGAUUGUAACUCCACAGAUGGUAUUGCUUUGUUCUUGGCGUACUGUGAAGGAAGUUAGUUUAAUGUUCGGCUUGCUUGCGAUUAAAGCACCGAUAUGUGAAAAAAAUUCUCCCAUAGGACUUUUAAACAAAGAACAAAUCAUUAAAAUAGGAGAACAUUUGGUUACAUUGCUUACUGAAACAAAGCAUAGAGGGGCAUUUGAACAAGCACAUGUAGGUUUCAAUCAGUUAUGUACUCGUCUUUGGCGUUCGAAUAUAGUACAUUUUAACCAAUUACCUAAAAUAUGGUUACAUCAAAUUUUGAUUGCUAUCACAGGAAUUAAGGAAGAGAAUUCUAAAUUAUGCGCAACUAGAAGAAGUGCCGGUGUACCUUUCAUGAUACAGGCUUUAUUAUCCACGGAGCCUCGUCAAUACAAGGAUACGAAAACUACAAUCUUCCAUUCUGUGAUGACAAUUUUGUUAGAAUUUACACAAUUGGAAAAUGUGAACCUAUGGGACAAAGUAAAACGUUUGAUAUACAGAAACUCCGUGUUUUCAGAAUAUGAAAACUCUCUUGAAUCCAUCGACGGAUGUUGUAUAAACGAGAGUAAAACUCAAGUAACAGAAAUCAGAACUCAUGCUCUGAACAUUUUAAGAGCAGUUUUCAGAAAUUCCCGUCUUGGGGAAGUAGUGAACGACUAUGUAGAGGAUGGUUUAAUAGCGGCAAUUAAGAGCUAUGAUGCCUUAACGUGGGCGGAAAGAAACGCAGCGACUUUACUCUUCAGUGCGCUUAUCAUUCGAAUUUUCGGUGUUCAGAGAACGAAAGAUCAUAUUAAUCUUACUACAGAUAAUAAAAUGAAUUUUAUUUUAUUUUUUGAAAAAUAUCCCAAUCUGUUGCCUUUUAUUUUAGACGAAUUACAAACAUUCGUGGCGAUGAAUGAUAAUCUUAUAAAAUCGAACGUCCAAUCGAUUUUAUUGCUGUUGUCACGAUUGUAUCAUAGAUACAGUUCUGAACAUACUACCAUUCAAAAUAAGAUCGAUGAUCUUGUUACUUUAGUUGUACAAUGUGCAAGGAGUACAAUAUUUGAAACGCGUAAAUUAGCAGCUAGAGCACUAGUAUCUGUAUUGACAGAACGGUCUGUAGGAGAUGUUUUAAUGAGAAUAAUUGAAAGUGUAAUAUAUAUUGGAAACGAUAAUUUAUCUUUAAAUUUAAUACACGGUUACACGUUACAGAUAUUUGAGAUACUAAAACAUUUUGGUUUUAAACAAUUUCAAUCGUUUGAUAAACACUGGAACAGGUUUCUGGAAAAAACAGGUUGGAUCUUAGAAAACUUGGAACGCCAAAACUUAAAUCCUCCGUGUUUUUUAUUGGCCACAGUUUACGUGAAUAUUUGUAGCGAGAUGUACAAAGCAGAUGAAACGUAUUUUGUAGAAAAUAUUUCAAUGUUACGUACGCUCGUUUUGCACCUGUUACAACCAACAUUGAAACAAGGACCAGCACGAGAACUUUAUCAGAUAUCCAUAAUUAAGUUAAUUCGAGGUGUAGCGGAAAGAAAUCGAUUAAUUCCGCAGAACCUGUUAACUGCGAUAUACAUUAAUAGUUUGAAAAUGCCAGAAACACAAAUUGUUGCAUGGUCUACUGUUACAAAAAUUAUUAGUGAGAUGCAACAGGAUACCAUGUCGAUGGAAUUAUUAAAUUAUGGUAUUGAUGAAAUCCGUAAUUCCGUACAAAAUCUCUAUAGAUACAGUCCAGAAUUACAAGAUGCACUGUUCGAUUUCAUGUACAGUAGCUUAACGUACCUGAAUAAAUUUGAAUUGUCGUCUAUUAAAAAAAUGGAUAUUUGUAAAUUUGUUUUGAACGAAGUACGAGUAAAUAAAAAGAAGAAUACGUAUUGCGAAAGAGAUUGUUAUUUAAGAUUACUUGGAAAAUCAUACGUAAUUUUGGUCAUUGCAAGUGGAAACAAAGAAGUAUUUGACUUGGAAUGCACCAAUGAUGUAUAUAAUAAUUUUUGUGAUCAUUUGUGGAUCACAUCUUUAAACACUGAUUUCAGAAGAUCUGUUUUCAAUAUAAUGCAUGAUCUUUUCUUAAUAUGUACAGGAUUCGACGAGUAUCGAUAUGUACAGGUUCAGUGGUGGACAACAGUGUUCCAGUUGUUGCUGGACAACAAUUCAGAAGUACGACACGAAGCGUCUAUGUUGAUCGAUACCAUUCCAAUAGAUUGUACAAAACAUACUAAUACAACAUGCACAGAUCUGCUUCUUUCUAAAUUCUAUAAAACUAUGCAUAAUAGCAAUCCUGAAUUAAUUUGUACCGUGUUAUUUUAUUGGAGUAUUGCACUGAUAGAUGAUUCAGAUUAUGAAAUGGACGAGACAGACGUUUUCAAUAAAUGCACAAACUACGAUUUCUUCGAACCUCUGGAAAUAUCAAAAAUUUGUGUGGAGUUUUUAAUAAGAAACAUGAAAAGCUAUUUGGACAACGUGUUGCCUGAUGAUGUUAUAGACUGGGUAAACUCACGGCUAGAUAUCAUAUUUAAAAAAUCAAUUACCUUUAGGAUGCUCGUAACAAAUUAUGAAAGUUACAUGCCAACAUUCGAAAACAAGUUACAUGAUAUUUUAGAUCCGACGUACAAAAAUAAAUUGUUACAAGUUUUAGCAUAUAGACAGUAUAAAGAAAUAUUGUAAAAAUAUUUUUACAAUAUUUAUGUAGAAUAUAUUAUAAACUUUUUAU